CCACAGAGUGGGUCUGCAGUCGAUUACACCCUGAGAGGCAGUGCCGUGAGCGCAGCGACAGUGAGCAGGGCCACCGGCGAAGUCAUGGAGGCCGAGCCGAGGGGACGGGGUGUUGGGGAUGGCCCCAGGCUUCUGGGGCACUACUGAGCACCGUGUGAGACUGGGCGCUGCAAGCCAGUCUGCACUGACUUCUCCUGCCUGCAGGCAGAAUGUAUACGCUGCUGUCGGGCUUGUACAAGUACAUGUUCCAGAAGGACGAGUAUUGCAUCCUGAUUCUGGGCCUGGACAAUGCUGGGAAGACGACCUUCCUGGAGCAGUCGAAAACCCGCUUUAACAAGAACUACAAGGGCAUGAGUCUAUCCAAGAUCACCACUACCGUGGGUCUAAACAUUGGCACCGUGGAUGUGGGGAAGGCUCGCCUCAUGUUCUGGGACUUAGGGGGGCAGGAAGAGCUGCAGUCUUUGUGGGACAAGUACUAUGCAGAGUGCCAUGGCGUCAUCUAUGUCAUUGACUCCACCGAUGAGGACAGGCUAGCAGAAUCCAAGCAGGCCUUUGAGAAGGUGGUGACGAGUGAGGCGCUGUGUGGUGUCCCUAUCCUGGUGCUGGCCAACAAGCAGGAUGUGGAGACUUGCCUGUCAAUCCCUGACAUCAAGACCGCCUUCAGUGACUGCACCUGUAAGAUUGGCCGGCGGGACUGCCUGACUCAGGCCUGCUCUGCCCUCACUGGCAAAGGGGUGCGUGAGGGCAUUGAGUGGAUGGUGAAGUGCGUCGUGCGGAACGUCCACCGGCCACCGCGGCAGAGGGACAUCACAUAGGCACGGCAGGCCGUGGCUGGGGCAGCUCGGCCCCUUGUGCCAGAGGAGCGGGCUUCCUGCCAGCUCCCUCAACGCCCACCCUGGGACGUGGGUUUGCUUUGCUUUUUGGUUCUUCCAUUUGUUUUGUGUUUUCUUGAAGACAAACUUUCCUGUGUCUGGAAAAGUACAGGCGUCCAGAGGCUUCUGCAGAGGGAGUUGGGCAAUGGGGCCCUCCCAGGCCCUUUCCGGGGUGGGAUCUGAGGGGGACCUGGUUGGAAAUGGGAGUCCCUUCCUCUGAGUGGCACUGUGAGCUGCCCCGGGGCCCUUGUGAACUCCUGGAUCAGCUCCCUUCCUUGCCCAGUGAAGCCACAGCUGUGCUCUGGUCUCUGCACCCUGUGAUUCUGGAAGUGGUCUGGGAGCUGGCCUCACUUUGGGAAAGACCUGCUCAUGUGCCCAGAGGCCAGCUGGGUGCUGGGUUCUGACAGCCUCAGGACAGCACUGAGGAGGCCUGAGAGGAAGAUGUAGCCCCAUGCUGGUCCAACAUUGCCUCAUUUUAAUCCCCAGGGAAGGGGGAAAGCUGGGAGGUCUUGCUGGGGGAGUUUUUAUCAACCUGGGCAAGUUGGGUGCUGUUUGUGGGCGCCCAGAGCCCUCUGUCAGCCACGCGUGUCUGUGGCCAGCUCAGCUGGUGCCGUGGGCCCCACUGGGUGGUAGCCUGGGCACACUUUUUUGGGGUAGGUGGGGGGCCACCUAUCCUACCAUGGGGCCAAGGUCAGUCUUGUGCUGGGCCUGCACUGAGUUGGGGCCUCCCAGGUGCCCUUAUGCUGACGGAGCAGAGGCCCUCCAAGUGAGGUGGGUUCUAGGACCGACCUCACAGCCUCCACCUGACUGGGCCAAGUGUCUGGCUAUACUGGGCCAAGUGGCUGUGAGCAGUUAACUGCUGUCCUGAGUGUCCAGGCAUGUGUGCACAAUAAAGGCAUCUCAUUGGCUCCUG